UAUAUUACCUAACAUAUUAUACCUAUAUAUGUAUAACUACUGCCACUAUCAUCAUAUUCUCUCUAAUACCAUUUCCAAAACAUUAAGAAAACUAAAACAAUAACACAUUUUUUUAUCAUAUGUGCUUAGUUAACCUACAACAACCAAACCAACAACUUUUUUUAUUAUUUUUCUUCUUCUUCAUGGAUGGCAACAACCCUUAUAACUCUCCUACAGUUCCACCACCACCACCACCUAUACAACUACCUAAAGUAGUUACUUCUUCAUCUGCACCAACAACUCCUUCAUCUUCAUCUUCAUCCACCCCGGUGGUUACGACCGGUGCUGUUGUCGGACGAUACCGUGGAACCCGUUGCAGGAGUGGGAAAUGGGUGUCUGAGAUACGUGAGCCGCGUAAAACGAAGCGCAUUUGGUUAGGGACAUACCCUAAAGCUGAAAUGGCAGCAGCUGCUUAUGAUGUUGCUGCUCUUGCUUUGAAAGGACCUGAUACGACUCUUAACUUUCCCGAUUCGGUGCUUUCUUACCCUAUUCCAGCUUCUUUGUCUUCGACUGAUAUUCGUGCCGCGGCUGAAGCUGCUGCACAGGCGAAAAUCAUGAGAGUGAAACCACCUGAUCAACAAGAACAAGGAAAACAACAGCAGCAGCAAGAAAACGCUUCUAGUUUUGGUUUCGAGGGAAUACAACAACAACAACAACAACAACUAAACACUUCUGAUUUUGGUUUUGAGGGAAGUUCUUCAGCUAGUAGUGGAAUGCAACAACAACAACAGCAACAAGGUUAUGAAUAUAUUGACGAGGAUGAGUUGUUGAAUAUGCCGAAUUUGUUGGAUGAUAUGGCUAGAGGAAUGCAGGUUAGUCCACCAAGGAUGACCUCGUUUUCGAAUUAUUCUUCGGACGAUCAUUCGCCGAGGAAUUCUGAUGGAGGAGAUGAUAAUCUAUGGGGUUACACUUUUUGAAGACAGACUCUUUCAUUUUCUGUCUUUUUCUCUUUGGAUUUGUUUGAUUUUGGAUUUUUGGUCUUGUAACUUGUACGCUGCAUUUGAUUGUGUUGCUUUGUUGUUAAUUUGCAGUUACCUAGCUUCUUGGUUUUCACAUCGAUCUCGAUGCUGAUCUUGGAUCAGUGUGUAAAUAUAAGGAGGAUCUUUAAAUUAGGUCAUUUUCAUUUCAUCAUCAAAUAGAUUUUUAGGUAAAAGAUCUGUCUGAAUCUGAUAGAAUUCCGUACGAUCUAAUCAGUUAUGUUAGGGAUCCAAGCACUAGAGUUAGAGCUCAUGUAUAUGUGAUUUGAUGUGAGUGUAAAAAGAUUCAUCUUUUGAUUCUGGGUCUUUUUUGUUACACUCUAUCAAUACAUCAUUUCAUGAUCUGUGUAUGGGGUUUGCACUUUUUCUGUUGAACAUAAAUUAAUCUGAUGCUGAGAUUCACAGUGAUGUUCAUAUUUGAAGAACCUUAUAUGAUUCUCUUCUGCAAGAAAAUAGUAUAAAAAUUAUGGAAGUUUCUGCA